AGUUAUUGUCCAGGGCCAGGACAAACAACAUUUCCGCUUGCUGUGAAGUCUUAGUUUUUAAGAUUAGAUUUCCUUUUUAUUAAGCCCGGACCUGUAACAUGUUUACAAAUUAGAGAACGGUAUGACAAUUUGACAGCACAUAUUUUUCAUUGACGGAAGUACGCAGGCGGAACAAAAAAUGGAGGGAAGUUAAAAUUCAAAUAUUCAACAAUUUUUUAAGAAAUCAAGCAUUACAGAAAUAUUAAUUCAAGUACUCCUAUCUAUUUGCAAAUUUCUAAAUGUCAAAAUAAGUAAUGAGUCGAUUAAAUUCUAUUCGAAUGUAAAAUAUCUUCUUUGUUACAACUAUUACGCAUUCGCCGUAGCUUCAAGUACGCCAUGUUGAUUCGACUGUUUAUUGUUUGCGGCGCCCCGCUCCCGUUGUUCUAGCUUAAACGAAAAUAUUUCAAACUUACGACAAUUCCAGACAUAAUAACCCUUGGAAAUUUGAUAUGUGUAAAUUAAAGAGUGUUUUGUGUUAUAUGUUCAGCCUACCGUGCGAAAUAAUUCGUUAAAUUUACAAAAAAUCAGAUGAAAACCUCUACAAUGGCUACCUCCGCGUCCCCCCGAACAACUAUAAAUUGACAGUGAAAAUGUUCACGUGAUUUUUAAAACUUAUUUGACAAUAAACAAUGUUGAUUUUAUUGUAAAUAAAUAUAGAACCAAUAUUUAAUUUGGAUAAUUAUGAAUUCUGAUAAUCAGAAUGUUCUACCAACUGUGCAUAGUGCUCCAAACACAGAGGCACUUUCUCACAGGAGUCCUGCCACCACUUCAGUACCUACAGACUUAAGAGUUAACACAACGGCUCUGAAUGCAGUUGCUCUAAGUAAUGUAGCUAAGUACUGGGUGCUGACUAAUCUUCUGCCAGGACCAAUUCCCCAGGUCUCUGUCUAUGGAUUACCAGGAGCAACUAGAGAAAGUCAAGGAAAGAUAUCUCAAGAUGCUGUACUUAGCCAACACAGUUUUCUUCAAGCAGAUCCACUACUCAUUCAACAACAUACUCAGAUUCCAGUUAGCAUUGCCACCUCACAACACCAAGGUAACCUUGGAUUAUCUGCAAGUGCAGUUCAUCUUGAGAAUGCUCACAAUGUAUCUAGUCAUCAUACCAGUGAAAACUUGUCAUCACAAACUGCUAACCAAUUAUCCAGAGAUAUAAGGAUUUCUCAUUCACAACACCAAAGCCAACAAUCACAACAGCAACAUCACCAACAACAACAACAGCAGCAGCAACAACAACAACAGCAGCAGCAACAGCAACACCAACAAAAUGCUCAAAAUUUGGUUCAAGUACAAGUUCAGGAUAAUUUAGUUUCAGUAAUAGAAGACACUAAAGAUCAGAAAGACAUAUUAUCAGCUCAAUUACAAGCAGCUCAGCUUCAGUUAUCAGAAAACCACUUAGGGCAGCAACCCUUGACUGUUCAACAGUUACAGCAUUUACAAGUUCAGCAAGUUUUGGAAAAUGCGGUACGAUUGGAGAAUUCUGUAGAUAACAACCAAAACCAGUCAAAUAAUGAUCACCAAGAUUCCCUUACUGAAACUAUACAAAUAGUCAAAGAUGAAAAAGCCUUUCCCAAUUGUAAAUUAGUAUCGAGUUCUCAAUUCGGUUUACAAGAACUGAAAAGCAACUUAAUGGAUGUGAGAACGGCCGAUGGAAGUAUAGUGAAGAUACAGACUAAUAUGCAAGAACAAGAACUGGUAAAGACGUUGGGACUAGACAUCGUUAACAAUAUGUAUAAAGUGAAUGUAGAUGAUCUUAAUCAGUUGUUGGCGUAUCACGAAAUAUUUGGAAAGUUACAAGGCACUCAAGGUACCGAUUUGUCAAACAACACGCAAAAUCUCACUCAAAACUCGAACCAUUUGAACAUCUCUAAUUCGAAUAUCAUAAUCGCUGCUAAAGAUGAACAAGAGCCGUCCACGAGCAACAUCACCAACGAAAAUCUCUCAACGGUAGUAGCUAACCAUUCCUGCGACUUAUGUGGCAAAAUGUUUCAGUUUCGAUAUCAGUUAAUCGUGCACAGGCGUUACCACACAGAACGUAAGCCGUUUACAUGUCAAGUUUGCGGUAAGGCCUUUACGAAUGCACAAGAGCUAACACGUCACGGCAAGUGCCAUUUAGGGGGAAGCAUGUUUACUUGUGCCGUUUGUUUUCACGUUUUUGCCAAUGACGCUUCCUUGGAAAGGCAUAUGAAGAGACACUCGACUGAUAAGCCUUAUGCUUGUGGGAUCUGUUCUAAGACUUUCGCAAGAAAGGAACAUCUGGAUAACCAUACAAGGUGCCAUACAGGGGAGACUCCUUAUAGAUGCCAAUAUUGUACGAAAACAUUUACAAGGAAGGAGCACAUGGUAAAUCACGUUCGGAAACAUACAGGUGAAACGCCUCAUAGGUGCGAAUUAUGUAAAAAGUCGUUUACGAGAAAAGAACACUUUAUGAAUCACGUAAUGUGGCACACCGGCGAAACUCCUCAUCAUUGUACGGUUUGCGGAAAGAAAUAUACUAGGAAAGAACAUUUAGCGAAUCAUAUGAGAAGUCACACGAAUGAUACACCUUUCAGGUGUGAAAUUUGCGGCAAAUCUUUUACAAGAAAAGAACAUUUUACAAAUCACAUAAUGUGGCAUACCGGCGAAACCCCACAUCGUUGCGACUUCUGUUCCAAAACAUUUACUAGGAAAGAGCAUCUAUUGAACCACGUCAGGCAGCAUACAGGAGAAUCACCACAUCGAUGUGGAUUCUGCGCUAAAUCGUUUACUAGGAAAGAGCAUUUAAUCAAUCAUGUUAGACAGCAUACAGGAGAAACACCGUUCCGAUGUAACUUCUGUCCGAAAGCGUUCACCCGAAAAGAUCAUCUCGUCAACCACGUUCGUCAACAUACUGGAGAAUCUCCGCACAAAUGCACCUAUUGUACGAAGUCUUUUACGAGAAAAGAGCACUUGAACAACCACGUCAGGCAGCAUACAGGAGAAUCGCCGCAUAGGUGCCAUUUCUGUUCGAAAUCCUUUACAAGAAAAGAACAUCUAACCAACCAUGUUCGAAUCCAUACAGGUGAAUCACCGCACCGAUGUCAGUUCUGCCAAAAAACUUUCACCCGCAAAGCACACCUGACCAAUCACCUACAUCAGCAUACAGGCGAAUCUCCUCACCGUUGCGAAUUUUGUCAAAAAACUUUCACUCGCAAAGAGCACCUCACUAAUCACCUUCGCCAACAUACCGGGGAAACCCCGCAUUGCUGUAACGUUUGCUCCAAACCGUUUACCAGAAAGGAGCAUUUAGUUAAUCACAUGAGAUCUCAUACGGGAGAAAGGCCUUUUGCGUGCAACGAAUGUGGGAAGUCCUUCCCGCUCAAAGGAAACCUUCUAUUUCACCAAAGAUCGCAUAAUAAAGGAGCUGAUGCGGAGAGACCUUUCAGGUGUGAUCUUUGUGAGAAAGACUUCAUGUGUAAAGGUCACUUAGUAUCCCACCGAAGGUCACACAUGAGUGAUCGCCCUCAUGUAUGUCCAGAUUGCGGUAAGGCAUUUGUCGAAAAAGGUAACUUGAUAAGGCAUCUCAAGAAGCACGCUGCAGAUAAUGCUCAGACGCAGCCCAAUAGCCAAAUACAGCCACAAGGAACGGCACCACCUCAGAAUGCUCAACCGACUAGCAACGCACCAAAUAUUCAAAUUCCCCAAGUACACGUAAGUCAACCGCCACAGCUGCAACAGACGUCUAGUGGCAACAUUGUUCAAACGUCUCAUUUGCAAAUGCACCCUUCAAAUGCCCAUUCGGUAGUGCCAACUGCGAAUACGAACGUUCUGACUUAUUAGGCUCUUUAACCUGAGUUUAUUUUGGUGACAGAAGACAGAUUUAAUAUGUAAAACUAAUUAUUUACAUCAGUGCCAUAAAUACAUAAUAUAUCAGAUACCUAAUAAAAUCAUCUAUAACUUUGAAGUACAGCUUUUAUCUAUAAGAAAUGUGGAACGAAGUAAUACAAAAUUGAAGUUAAAAAAUUUCCCAUUUCUAAUACAUAAGGAGUUUCGCCAGAUUCAUUUUUCAUCUCUUUUAGAAGAAUACACUUGAUAUACACAUGGAAAAGAUUUAGAGAAUCGUUAAAAUUAAAUGCUGGCUGAAGAUGUUAUAAUUGGCAAGAUAUUUAUGAUGUAAAAAAAGUAACAGUAAAAGUUAGUUUUCUAAGAAAAUCUUACAUAAGGUUUGUCCGCAUGUCCUGUUCACGUGUGCGAUGUUAUUCAUGAAUUAUUUUUUAUAUUCAUCAUCAUUCUGGCUUUACAACUCUGUGUGAACUCCUAACCUCCUCUAGAAUUUCUCUCUAGUCGUCUCUAUAAUCGCCUUGCUCCGCCAAACAUAUAUUUCCAUAUUUCUCAUGUCGUCAUCGAUAUUAUCAAGAAACCUUGUUCUGAAUCUUCCUCUUCUUCUUUGACCAAUGCGUCUGUCAAGGAGCGGUUUUCUAUCUGAUUCAUUUUGCUGGAUCAUCCGCAUUACAUGCCGUAAAUGGAGUCUAGAUAGCGUUAGAGAGGUUUCCCUCAAAGCCAGGAACCCACAAAGUUGGGAGUACUGCGUUGCCAUGAUGUAAAAUCAAGUAAAAGUUCAAACAUCACAUAAUAGUAACUAAACUUACGUGCAUAGAAAUCGGCCCACUUAAAAAUUUGGUCAUUUUUGAUUUCUCAUAUUUCCUAAGCCUGUUGGCCGAUUUAAGUGAUUUUUUUAACAUGCUAUAGCCUAAUUCUUUAACAAUACCACUGUAAUAAUAUUAUUGCUAAAAAGGUAAAUUUUCAUUGUAUACCGGGUGUACCAAUCAAACUGUGUUUUUUUCUCAAAGUUCGCAUCACCCUGUGGAAUAUUCUAGCAUUUAUAAAAUAUUGAAAUUAAAACCCAAUUAUAGCCUCAGGUUUUCUUAACAUUCUGUUUUCUGAUUCAUUCGUUUAUGUUGGAUAAUAAAAAAGUUAGGUACUUUAACAACUAGACAUGUUCUUCAUCAAUUGGGACCGUGCAAGUUCGGCAAAGCGACCCCUAUUUCUACGCUCUGUACUUUUAUUCGCACUUUUAAUUAUAUUGGCCAAUUAUAUUAGUCCUGGUUACUGGAUAAUUGUCAAGGCCAUAGUCCAAAAAAAUAAUAAGAAGAAAAAAUAAGAUGCAGGUUAUGAUAAGCAAACGUAAACAAUUGUAUGUCGUAAAUAAAAUUAGUUAUUAAAAUGCAGUACUGCAAGCAAAAUACAAUUAAUUAAAUUUACCUUUAUAUAAUAAUUGCAUAUCAUAUCAAUAUUGUGGAGCAAUAUAUAAUUUUUCUGCUUCAAUGACAGAAGGUAUGAAAUAUACGUCAAUUUGACAAUUUCAAUUGACAAUAUGAAUUAUUUAAGAUAGUUGCAAUAUUUCUCCGCGACUCGCGCACGGUCGUUUAUCGUUUCCCUUCCAAGUACUUGCACACCGCGAAUACACGGUGUUUCUAAAUAAGUGCGACAAACUUUAAGGGAUAAUUCUGCAUAAAAAAAUAAUGACAGUUGGCUUUAUAAACGUAUGUCCGCCAAUGAUUCGUUUCCGACAUACGGAAUGUUGAAUUUUUUCUUACAAACUGACGAUUUAUUUUAUUGCUUUAAAACCGGUUGAGAUAUGCCACUGAAAUUUGGUGGGUUUUAAGACGUAGUUAUUGCACAUUUUUUGACAUACAAUUAAGAAUUUAAUAUUCACCAUUAGCGCUCAUACGACCGAUCAUAUUACCCGUAUGCACGUAAUGGUGAAUAUAAAAUUCUUAAUUUUAUGUCAAAAAAUCCGCAAUAACUAUCUCUUAAAACCUAACAAAUUUCAUUUGCAUAUCUCAACUGGUUUUAAAGCAAUAAAUAAAUCGUCAGUUUGUAAGAAAAAAUUUAACAUCCCGUAUUUCGGAAACGAAACAUUUGCGGACAUACGUUUAUAUAGCCAACUGUCAUUAUUUUUUCAAGCAGAUUUACCCCUUAAAGUUUGUCGCACUUAUUUAAAAACACCGUGUAUUGAUGAAGAGCAUGUCUAGUUGUUAAGGUACCUAACUUUUUUAUUAUCCAACCUAAACGAAUGAAUCAAAAAACAGAAUGUUAACUUAAGAAAACCUGAGACUACAGUUUGGUUUUAAUUUCAGUAUUUUAUAAAUGCUAGAAUAUUCC